CGGUCUUUGCUGGGAGUAUUUGAAGAAGAUGCUGCUGCAAUUUCCAAUUACAUCAAUCAGUUAUUUCAAGCCAUGCACAGAAUAUAUGAUGCACAGAAUGAAUUAAGUGCAGCGACUCAUCUGACUUCAAAGCUUCUGAAGGAAUAUGAGAAACAGCGUUUUCCACUAGGGGGAGAUGAUGAAGUUAUGACUUCCACUUUACAGCAAUUUGCAAAAGUGAUAGAUGAGCUUAGCUCUUGCCACGCAGUACUUUCAACUCAACUUGCGGAUGCAAUGAUGUUUCCUAUUACCCAGUUUAAAGAAAGGGAUCUAAAAGAGAUAUUAACUCUAAAAGAAGUUUUCCAAAUUGCAAGCAAUGACCAUGAUGCUGCCAUUACCAGAUACAGUCGGUUGUCAAAAAGAAGGGAAAAUGAAAAGAUCAAGGCUGAAGUUACAGAAGAUGUAUAUACUUCCAGGAAAAAACAGCAUCAGACUAUGAUGCAUUAUUUCUGUGCAUUAAAUACUCUUCAGUACAAAAAGAAAAUUGCGAUGCUAGAACCCUUGCUAGGAUACAUGCAAGCUCAGAUAAGUUUUUUUAAAAUGGGUUCAGAGAAUCUUACUGAGCAAUUGGAAGAAUUUUUGACCAAUAUUGGCACAAGUGUACAGAAUGUUCGCAGGGAGAUGGAGUGUGAAGUAGAAAACAUGCAACAAACUAUAGAGGACUUGGAAGUAGCUAGUGAUCCACUGUAUUUGCCUGAUCCUGAUCCUACGAAAUUUCCUGUUCAUAGAAAUCUAACACGGAAAGCUGGCUAUCUCAAUGCAAGAAAUAAGACGGGGCUGGUAUCUUCCAGUUGGGAGAGACAGUUUUACUUCACUCAAGGUGGAAAUCUGAUGAGUCAGGCAAGAGGUGACGUAGCUGGGGGACUUGUCAUGGAUAUAGACAAUUGUUCUGUAAUGGCUGUGGACUGUGAAGACAGACGGUACUGUUUUCAGAUAACAUCUUUUGAUGGCAAAAAGUCUUCAAUCUUACAGGCAGAGAGUAAAAAAGAUUAUGAAGAGUGGAUAUGCACCAUAAACAACAUAUCUAAACAGAUAUAUCUAAGUGAAAACCCUGAGGAAAUUGCUGCACGUGUGAAUCAGUCAGCUCUGGAGGCUGUUACUCCAUCUCCUUCCUUUCAGCAGAGGCAUGAGAGCAUGCGGCCAACUGUACAAUCUCGUCCUCCUGCAGCUCGUACUAGCAGCACAGGGUCACUGGGAUCCGAAUCAGCAGCUUUAUCGGCACUUUCCUUGGAUUCACUUGUUGCCCCUGAUACUCCUAUACAAUUUGACAUAAUAUCUCCGGUUAGUGAAGAUCUGCCUGGUCAAGCAAAAUCUUCAGGGCAGUCGGGCAGACGCACAAAUCCUUUCGGUGAAUCUGGAGGCUCAAAAUCUGAAACAGAAGAUUCCAUUCUUCAUCAGUUAUUUAUUGUAAGAUUUCUUGGCUCUAUGGAGGUGAAGUCUGAUGAAAGUCCAGAUGUUGUUUAUGAAACAAUGCGUCAAAUACUAGCAGCUCGUGCCAUCCACAACAUUUUCAGGAUGACAGAAUCACAUUUAUUAGUCACUUGUGACUGUUUAAAGUUAAUUGAUCCACAGACACAAGUUACAAGACUACGAUUUCCUUUGCCCAAUGUAGUCUUGUAUGCUACACACCAGGAGAAUAAGCGCCUUUUUGGAUUUGUGCUUAGAACUUCAGGAGGGAGAGUUGAGAGCCGCCAAGCUUCUGUCUGCUAUAUAUUUGAAUCAAAUAAUGAAGGGGAAAAGAUUUGUGACUCUGUUGGAUUGGCAAAACAGAUAGCUUUUCAUGCAGAACUGGAUCGAAAAGCAUCAGAAAAGCAAAAAGAAAUAGAUAGAGUCAAAGAGAAACAACAAAAAGAACUGAAUAAACAAAAACAAAUUGAAAAGGACUUAGAGGAGCAAAGCCGGUUGAUAGCUGCUUCCAGCAGAUCGAACCAGAGCAGUGGAGAAGGACAAUUUGUAGUCCUUAGCAGUAGCCAGUCAGAAGACAGUGAUUUAGGAGAAGAUGGAAAGAAGAAGAGAGAAUCUGAAGCCUAA